GCCGUUGGAGGGGUCAGUCGCGGCUACGCCUCAGGUAGAGUGGGGACGGCCUUUGUUAUUAAUAGUGCCCUCAAGAGGAAUCAGUAGGAGACCACAUCCCAACCAGUCGUCAUGUCGAAUGAGGCGUUCGUGACGUUGGCCACCAAUGACACCUACGGGCUUGGUGCCCUGGUGCUGGGGAGGUCCCUCAGGAGGGUGGCCACCUCGAAGCAGACCGUCGUUCUCAUUACACCGGAUGUCUCUCAGAAGAUGAAAGAGGAGCUGGCUCACGUUUUCAACUUGGUGGUUGCCGUGGACCCCUUGGACAGCGGGGACACCGCCCACCUGGCACUCAUGUCCCGCCCGGAGCUGGGGAUCACCUUCACAAAGCUGCACGCCUGGCGGCUGGUCCAGUUCUCCAAGUGUGUCUUCCUCGAUGCGGACACUUUGGUAGUUCAGAAUUGCGAUGAACUUUUCGAGAGAGAAGAACUGUCUGCAGCUCCCGAUCCAGGCUGGCCCGAUUGCUUCAACUCAGGAGUCUUCGUCUUCGUCCCCUCAGAAGCAACCUUCAAAGCCCUCCUGGACUUCGCCGUAACUCAUGGAAGCUUCGAUGGUGGUGACCAGGGUCUCCUCAAUAUGUUCUUCAGCGACUGGGCAACAGGAGACAUUCGCAAACAUCUGCCUUUCAUUUACAAUGUGGUAUCCUCGGCAACAUAUUCUUACCUUCCAGCAUUAAAACACUUUGGAAGCCAAGUAAAGAUCGCCCAUUUCCUUGGUAACAAUAAACCAUGGAUGAGACAGAGUCAAGUAGGAUCGUCGUCCCCCUACCAGCGAGCUUGGUGGAGUAUCUUCAGAGAAGACGUCGCCGGCCGGCUCACACAAGAUAUGGCUGGAGUUCCUGGAGUGUUGGCUCGUGGGGAACCAGAUGACUGGAGAAGAGAGGCUUGGGAAGCUGGAGAUGUCGACUAUUUAGGACGGGAUUCUUUUGAUAAUAUUUGGAAGAGGAUAUGUGAAUGUGUUGGUAUCACAGCGCAAACCUUAUCGGCCCCUGCAGCACCAGCAGCAACUUCCGCUGGUAUAGCAAAUCAGCCAUUAGCACCUGCCCCAACCGUUGUGGACAUUGUGCCUGAAGAAAAGCUUCCUGCACCACUAACAGAGAAGCUCGCAGAACCUGUGGUACUUCCUGAGAAGAAAAUAGAAUCUGUUGAAAAACCCUCAGAACCCAUACUAACUGAGAAAAAACCAGCAGAGCCCGAGGUUUCUGCUGAGAAACCAGUAGAGACCGUAGUAUCCGCUGUGAAACCAACGGAACCUGUAGUAUCUGCAGAGAAACCAGUAGAACCCACAGUAACUGCUGAGAAAUCAGUAGAACCCGUGGUCACUGCUGAGAAACCAGCUGAACCAGUAAUAACCGCAGAGAAACCUGCAGAACCCGUAGUAUCUGCUGAUAAACCAGCAGAACCCGUAGUAUCUGCUGAUAAACCAGCAGAACCCGUAGUAUCUGCUGAUAAACCAGCAGAACCCGUAGUAUCUGCUGAUAAGCCAGCGGAACCAGUAGUAUCUGCUGAGAAAUCAGUCGAAUCCGUAGUAACUGCUGCUAAACCAGCUGAACCAGUAGCAGCAUCUGCAGAGAAACCAGCAGAAACUGUACCAUCUUGUGAGAAAUUAGCAGAACCUGCACCUUCUAAGAAACCAGCUGAACCUGCUGUUUCUGCUGAGAAAUCAGCCGAGCCUGUUGCUUGUGCUAAGAAAGCAGCAGAACCUGUAGUAACUGCUGAGAAACCAGUGGAACCCGUUGUUAGUUCAGAAAAAAUACCCGAAACUCUGGCUGCAACUGAAAAACCAUCUGAGCCCUCAGUUAUUACUGAAAAAUUACCAGAACCUGCACCAGUUGCAGUCGAAAGCCCAACUAUUGUAGAUAAGGAAAAGAAAGCUGAAUCCACACCUACAGAAAAACCAUCUGAAUCUUCAAAACCAGUCGAAAUUCCUGCAGAGAAAACAGCAGAACCAACACCUGUCGAGGAAAAAUCUAUCAAACAGGAAGUGCCAUUGGAAGAGAAACCUCUUAAAAGCGCUGAAAAAUCAGCAGAGCCUGUAGCAGAAGCACCAAAACAAACUAAAAUAUCUGAAGCGGAAACAGUGCCGAGAGAGGAAAAGGCAGAAGUAGCACCACCUUUAGAAAAGUCUGUUGAGGCUGCUCCUUCUGGCGAGAAACCAACAGAAAAAUCGGUCACAUCUACACCAGAAACUGCUCCUCAAAUUUGUCCCAUGAAACCUUCAGGACCCAAAUCUACAGCACCAGUAACACCCGUAGGCGUACCAUCACAACCCACUCCUUCAGAACCAUCAUUAAAGUCUGGAGAAGCACGGAUACAACCUCCUUUAGUUGGUGGAGAUGCACCAGUUUGCAAAAAAGAACCAGGUACUCCAACUAUAACCCCGCCAUCUGGUCCAGCUUCACCCCAACCUGCCGAUGUCCCUCCAGAAGUCUGUAAGCUCCAAGCUACUUCUUCUCAACCUGCCACUCCACCUGCUUCAUCCCACCAAACAACAGAUGCACCAGUACCACCUAAAAGGAAACAGGGAAAGAAUGGAAAAUCUGGCAAAGGAAAAAAAUGAACUAGGGGGGCUAUUUUUUGUUCUUUAGCGCUAAAUAUUUAUAUAUAGAGAUUUGCUGGUUUAAGUCUAGCAAAUUCUUACUUCGACAGUCUGACAGAUCUAGUCUCCAUGUCUUAAUAUUUUGGAAUAUUUAAGAUGACUGCUCAGGUUUUAUAAAAAUGAUUUGAUUUCUUUCAUGUGCUUGUAGUGCUCUUGAUCAUAUUAAUGAAAAAUUUCAUGUGUAAUAAGAAUUUUAAAAAUCAUCUUUUAAAUGGCUUUCUUGGCCAUCAGAUAUUAUUUUUUAUCUAUAUUGUUAAUAAUACCUGUAAAUUUAUGUUAUCAUUUUUUCAACUAGUCACUAGAGAAUGUCAAUAUGCAAAAUAAUUGCUAUAAUUAUUAAUAAAGAAAUUUUGAUACUACAUUUUUA